GGUGCCGGACUGCUCUCUGAGCCCGGCGUGGGCACUGAAUCGUGCUCCUGGCCCCUGGGCAGAGCUCGUGCCCAAUUCUGGUGCUUUUGCUUUAGGAAAGAAUGUGAUUUGAGCCUUUAGCUCCGGAAAGGAGCUUUGCUGCAGGAAUGCCGACCGGCUCCUGCCGGCCCCGGAGCUCAGCCCUGUGCCCGGCACCGUGCCCGGGGUGUGAUAAGCCCCGAAGCAGAAGGAAGUGAGAGCCCAGCCGUCGCCCUCAGCUUGGGGCUUCCCCCCCUGCUCUCACCCACAGCUGAAGCCGAGCGGGGCCCGCGAUGGCCGUGGGCACCCAGCUGGGGCUGCUGCUCUGGAAGAACUUCACCUACCGCCGGCGGCAGCGGAUCCAGCUAGCUAUCGAGAUCUUGUGGCCCCUCUUCCUCUUCCUUAUCUUGAUCUCAGUGCGGCGAUCCCACCCGCCCUUCAAGCAGCAUGAGUGCCACUUUCCCAACAAGGCGCUGCCCUCCGCGGGGACCCUGCCCUGGCUGCAGGGCAUCAUCUGCAACUUGAACAACCCCUGCUUCCGGCACCCCACGGCGGGAGAGGCCCCGGGCGUGGUGGGCAACUUCGACGGCUCCAUCCUCUCCCGCCUCCUGAGCGAAGCCCGGCAGGUCCUGCUCCGCGGCCACGGGCAGCGGCUCCUGCGCAGCUUCGCCCGGCUCCUGCCCGCCCUGCGCCGGCUGCGGGACAGCGGGAACCAGCGGAGGGCUCUGCCGGUGCGGGAAUACUUGAGAGAGGACGAGACCUUCUCGCGGUUCCUGCGGACCAACACAUCUCUGCCCCCGGCGCUGGUGGAUGAGCUGAUGGGGGCUCGGCUCAGCCCCCGCAUCUUCUCCCUGGCGAGCAUUCGCCUCCCGCUGAAGGCCCUGGUCUGCAACGCCUCGGUCCUGGGGGGCUUCCUGGUGGGCGGCGACGCCGAUUCCACCCAGAGCCUGCAGCAAGAACUGUGCGCGCUGCCCAGCUCCCAGCUCCGUGCCAUGGAGGGCUCCUUCUUCUCCCAGAUGGAUUUCCCACGACUCCUGACGGAACAGCUGAGCAGCUCAGACUUGGGUGGAAUCACCGGCACCGUGGAAGCUUUGGGCAGCUUCCUGCGGGAUGCAGCAUCCCUGAUGGAGGAGGUCUCCUCCAUGACCAGCCUGGCCAAGCUACGUCAGGAGCUUGCGGGGCUGAGGGCCCUCAACACCAGCAGGGGUGCCUUCACAGCCCUGUCACGCAUCGCCUGUGGACACCCCGAGGGCGGGGGGCUCAGGAUCCCCUCCCUCAACUGGUACGAGGACAAUGAUGUCAAAGCCUUCCUGGACCGUAACAGCUCUGAGCAGAGACCCGUGGCCUCAGGCAGCACCAGUGAGUUGGGGGCUGGGGGAGGCUCAGCCAGGGGCUGUGGGGGGCAGUGGGGGCUGGUGUGCCGGGAGCUGCUCCACAGCCUGGAGUCCAGCCCCCUCUCACAGAUCUUCUGGCGGGGGAUCAAGCCCCUCUUUGUGGGGAAGAUCCUGUACACACCACCUGGGCCUGGCCCGGACAGUGUCAUGGCUGAGGUGAAUCGGACCUUCCGGGAGCUGGCGGUGCUGGGGGAGCUGGGGGGUGCCUGGCAGGAGCUGGGACCCCGAAUCUACACCCUCCUCAACAGCAGCCUGGAGGUGCAGGUGCUCCAGGACUUGCUGCUGGCCCCGAGCACAGCCCAGCUCCUGGAUGGGUUCCUCAAUGGCACCUCCUGGAAGCUGCCAGAGCUGGCCACAUUCCUGGUGGGGCCAGCAGGGGGACCAAACCUCACCUGGCACCAGGUGUACGCUGAUGUGGACGCAGUCCUGAGCACUCUGUCACAGUUCAUGGAGUGUGUCUGCCUGGACAAGAUCGAGGCAGUGGCCACCGAGGAGCAGCUGGUAGCCCGGGCCCUGGAGCUGCUGGAGGAGCAGCAGUUUUGGGCAGCAGUGGUGUUCCAGCCCCCCAUCAAUGCCACGGCCCCCGGGCUGCCACCCCACGUCCGCUACAAGAUCCGCAUGGACAUUGACGACGUCACGAGGACCAACAAGAUCAAGGACAGGUUUUGGGACCCCGGCCCUGCAGCUGACCCCUUCAGUGACCUGCGCUACGUCUGGGGGGGCUUCAUCUACAUCCAGGACCUGGUGGAGCAGGCGGUGGUGCGGGUGCAGACCGGGGCUGCCCCACGCACUGGGGUCUACGUCCAGCAGAUGCCCUACCCCUGCUAUGUGGACGAUGUGUUCUUGAGGGUCCUGAACCGCUCGCUGCCCCUCUUCAUGACGCUGGCAUGGAUCUACUCAGUGGCCAUGAUCAUCAAGGGGGUGGUGCACGAGAAGGAGACUCGUCUCAAGGAGACCAUGAAGACCAUGGGGCUGAGCAGCGGGAUCCUCUGGCUCAGCUGGUUCCUCAGCAGCUUCAUUCCCUUCCUCCUCAGCUCUGCCCUGCUUGUCCUCAUCCUCAAGCUGGGAAACAUCCUGCCCUACAGCGAUCCAGCAGUCAUCUUCCUCUUCCUUGGCACCUUCUCGGUGGCCACCAUCAGCCAGUGCUUCCUCAUCAGCACCUUCUUCCCCCGUGCCAACCUGGCCUCGGCGUGCGGCGGCAUCAUUUACUUCUCGCUGUACCUGCCCUACGUGCUGUGCGUCGCCUGGCGCGACUACAUCACCUUCCCAAUCCGUGUCCUUGUGAGCCUGUUGUCCCCCGUGGCCUUCGGCUUUGGCUGUGAUUAUUUCUCCCUCUACGAGGAGCAGGGGGUGGGCAUCCAGUGGCACAACCUGGCUGCCAGCCCCGUGCCAGGAGACCCGUACAGCUUCGCUGCGGCCAUGGGGCUGCUGCUGCUGGAUGCUCUCCUCUAUGGCCUGGCCACCUGGUACCUCGAGGGUGUCUUCCCAGGUCAGUAUGGCAUCCCCAAGCCCUGGAAUUUCCCCUUCCUGAAGAGCUACUGGUUUGGAGAGUCAUCUUCAUCUGGGCACUCCGUGUACCACACCAGCCCCCACGCUGCACCCCAAGUGCUGGUGGAGGAGCCGCCUGUGGAACUCCAGCCCGGCGUCUCCAUCCGCAAUCUGGUGAAGGUCUAUGGCAGCAGUGGCCGUGCAGCUGUCAAUGGGCUGAGCCUGGACUUCUACGAGGGGCAGAUCACGUCCUUCCUGGGCCACAACGGCGCUGGAAAGACCACCACCAUGUCCAUCCUGACUGGCCUCCUGCCCCCCACCUCGGGCACUGCCUAUGUCCUGGGCUGGGACAUCCGCUCCGAUAUCGACAGCAUCCGCAAAUCCAUGGGGAUGUGUCCCCAGCACAACGUGCUCUUCGACAUCCUGACAGUGGAGGAGCACGUCUGGUUCUACGGGAGGCUGAAGGGGCUCUCGGAGCAGCAGGUGCAGGAGGAGAUGGAGCAGCUGCUCCAGGACACGGGGCUGCCCCACAAGCGCCGGGAGCAGACCAGGAACCUCUCAGGUGGGAUGCAGAGGAAGCUCUCGGUGGCCAUCGCCUUCGUGGGUGGCUCCCGGGUGGUCAUCCUGGACGAGCCCACGGCCGGCGUCGACCCCUUCUCCCGCCGCAGCAUCUGGGAGCUGCUGCUCAAGUACCGCAAAGGCCGCACCAUCAUCCUGUCCACCCACUACAUGGACGAGGCGGAGCUGCUGGGGGACCGCACCGCCAUCAUCUCCCAGGGCCGGCUCUGCUGCUGUGGGUCCCCCCUGUUCCUCAAGGCCAGGCUUGGCACCGGGUACCACCUCACCCUGGUGAAGCGGGAGAGGAGCGGGACAGGCGGCAGCACUGGCACUGUCCCCGGUGUCACCAAAAAGGAUGGCAGUGACUCGGAGCACAGCAGUGACACUGGCCUGGGCAGCGAGCGGGGCAGUGACGCCAGCGCCGUGGAUGUGGCCCAGCUGUCGGCGCUGAUCCAGAAGCUGGUCCCUGGCUCCCGGCUGGUGGAGGACAUUGGGCACGAGGUGCUCUUUGUCCUGCCCUACAGUGGGGCCAGGGAUGGGGCCUUUGGGGAGCUGUUCCGUGAGCUGGAUGCACACCUGGGGGAACUGGGGGUCUCCAGCUACGGCAUCUCUGACACCACCCUGGAAGAGAUCUUCCUGAAGGUGGCCGAGGACACAGCGCUGGACACUGACACCACAGGCACCAUGAAAGGAGCAGUCUCUGGCGAGAUGGGGGAUGGGGAUGUGGCCGACGGAGAGAUGGGUAAGGAUGGGGGAGGUGGGACUGCUGAGUGCUCCCCACCUCCACCCCCUGGGCUGGGGCGAUGCCACAUGUCCGUCUGGGCAGCUGUCCAUCCAAGCAGGCAUCCCUUCAGGCACCUCAAGCAGGGCUCACUCAGGGACCCUCGUGCAGCACAGCUACCUCCUCCCAGUUUUGGGGUGUCCCCAGAGCAAAGAGCUGGGAUGAGGAUGGGUUUGGGCGAGCCCAGCUCUGUGCAGGAGCUGGGAUGGGGUAUGAAAUCCCAAGGGGCGUAUCCAGCCCCCUUAUCCUGGAGGGAGAACUGGUCGGAGGAGCCCCGGGAGACGGAUCUGCUGCGGGGGCCGGCGGGGCGGGGCUGCGGCAGGGUGCGGGGCUGGGCGCUCACCUGCCGCCAGCUCCGCGCUCUCUUCACCAAGAGGAUGCUCCACGCCCGGCGCAGCACCCGCGGCUUCCUGGCGCAGAUCGUCCUCCCCGCCGUCUUCGUCUGCAUCGCGCUGCUCUUCAGCCUCAUCGUGCCGCCCUUUGGGAAGUACCCGCCCCUGCAGCUCCAGCCCUGGAUGUACGGGCAGCAGUUCACCUUUUUCAGCGAUGAUGCCCCCGGGGACCCGGACACAGCGCGGCUGCUGGACGCGCUCCUGGCCGAGCCCGGCUUCGGCACCAAGUGCAUGAAGGAGGAGGGGAAGGCGACAGGGCUGUGCCCACCAGCUUCCCACCCCGACGGCUUCUCAGUCCCCCCAGCCCCCCCAUCCCUGCUGGAAGUGCUGCGGCGUGGGAACUGGACACAGGCUGAGCCGUCCCCCUCGUGCCAGUGCAGUGGGCCAGGGGCACAGAGGAUGCUGCCUGAGUGUCCUGAGGGGGCUGGGGGGCUCCCACCACCCCAGGUGCAGAGGGGCACAGGGGACAUCCUUCAGAACCUGACAGGCAGGAACAUCUCUGACUACCUGGUGAAGACCUAUCCCCAGAUCAUCCGUCAGGAGUUGAGGAACAAGAAGUGGGUGAAUGAGCAGAGGUACGGCGGCUUCUCCCUGGGCGCCGGCAGCUCCCAGGCCCUGCCCUCGGCAGCAGAGGUGGAUCAGGCAGUGCUGGAGCUCCGGGUGCUGCUCAACAUCACCCCGGGCAGCCCCUCGGAUCGGCUCCUGGCCAACCUCAGCCGCUUCGUCGAGGGUUUGGAUGCCCGCAGGAAUAUCAAGGUCUGGUUCAACAACAAGGGCUGGCACGCCAUGGUCUCCUUCCUCAACGUGGCCAGCAAUGGGCUGCUGCGAGCCCGGCUGCCCCCCGGCACCGACCCCGCGCGUUUCGGCAUCACGGCCGCCAACCACCCCCUGAACCUCACCAAGGAGCAGCUCUCUGAGGCCGCCCUGAUGGCCACCUCUGUGGACGUGCUGGUCUCCAUCUGCGUGAUCUUCGCCAUGUCCUUCGUCCCGGCCAGCUUCGUCGUCUUCCUCAUCGAGGAGCGGGUCAGCAAGGCCAAGCACCUUCAGUUUGUCAGCGGGAUGAAGCCCAUCACCUACUGGCUGGGCAACUUCGCCUGGGACAUGUGCAACUACCUGGUCCCCGCGCUGCUGGUCAUCCUCAUCUUCCUCUGCUUCCAGCAGGAAUCCUAUGUGUCCUCGGCCAACCUGCCCUCCCUGGUGCUGCUGCUGCUGCUCUACGGAUGGUCCAUCACCCCUCUGAUGUAUCCAGCCUCUUUCCUCUUCAGCAUCCCCAGCACCGCCUACGUGGCCCUGACCUGCAUCAACCUCUUCAUCGGCAUCAACGGCAGCGUGGCCACCUUUGUGCUGGAGCUCUUUGUGGACCAGAACCUCAAUGACAUCAACCGCGUCCUGAAGAAGGUUUUCCUCAUCUUCCCCCACUUCUGCUUGGGCCGAGGCCUCAUUGACAUGGUGAAGAACCAGGCAAUGGCUGAUGCCUUUGAGAGGUUUGGGGACAAGCGCUUCGUGUCCCCCCUCUCCUGGGACCUGGCAGGGAAGAACAUGUUCGCCAUGGCCAUCGAGGGCAUCGUCUUCUUCCUCUUCACCCUCCUGCUGCAGUACCACCGCUUCUUCCUGCGCCUGGGGCCACGGGCUCUGGAGCUGCCCUCGCUGGGGGAUGAGGACCAGGACGUGGCCAGGGAGCGGGCGAGGGUGGGCAGCGUCCCCCCGCACGGCCACCUCCUGCUGCUGAAGGACCUGACCAAGGUGUACCGGCGCAGGAAGGCUCCGGCCGUGGACCGGCUCUGCGUGGCCAUUCCCCCCGGGGAGUGCUUUGGCCUCCUGGGGGUGAACGGUGCUGGGAAAACAUCCACCUUCAAGAUGCUGACGGGGGACACAGAGGUGACGCUGGGAGAUGCCUGGUUGAAGGGGCACAGUGUGCUCACCGACCUCCAGUCUGUCCACCAGCACAUGGGUUACUGCCCCCAGUUUGACGCCAUCACGGACCUGCUGACGGGGCGGGAGCACCUGGAGUUCUACAGCCGCCUGCGAGGGAUCCCAGAGGAGGAGACCCCCAGGGUGGCUCAGUGGGGCAUCACUGCUCUGGGGCUGGGCCCGCACGCGGACCGGCCGGCGGGCAAGUACAGCGGGGGCAACAAGCGCAAGCUCUCCACGGCCAUCGCCCUCCUCGGCUGCCCCCCUGUCGUCUUCCUGGAUGAGCCCACAACGGGGAUGGAUCCACAAGCCCGGAGGUUCCUGUGGGAGCGCAUCCUUGGCGUGAUCCGGGACGGCCGGUCCGUGGUGCUCACCUCCCACAGCAUGGAGGAGUGUGAAGCGCUCUGCACCAGGAUGGCCAUCAUGGUCAACGGCCGGUUCCGCUGCCUGGGCAGCGUCCAACACCUCAAGAACAGGUUUGGGGACGGGUACACGGUGGUGGUGCGGGUGGGGGGUCCUGGCCCAGCAGCGGUGCAGACCCUGCUGCAGCAGCACUUCCCCGGCAUUGUGCUGCGGGAGCAGCACGGGGGGCUGCUGCAGUACCACCUGCCUGCCCGUGCCGCCUCCCUGGCCACCGUCUUCAGCCUUCUGGCCACCCACCGUGGCCCCUGCCACAUAGAGGACUACUCUGUGUCCCAGACCACGCUGGACCAGGUUUUCAUGCACUUUGCCCAGGAGCAGAGCGAUGGGGACGCCGGGGAGGUCACAACCCCAGGGCAGGAUGCGACCCCCAGUCCUGGGAGGAGGCUGAGCACAUUCCUGGAGGAUGACAGCUACCAGGAGAGCGCUGUCUGAGCUGGCCACGGUGUCCCAUGGACCCCCAAAGACCCCUCCCCGGUUGUCACCGCAGCACGAGCCAGAGUCACAGGGCUUUGGGGUACUGCAGACCCCCAGAACGGCAGAGAAGAGGUCACAGAUGGUGUCACCAUCCCAUGGGACAGUGGAUUCUGGGGAGGGUCAGAGUGCCAGGACAGGGCUGGCCCCGGCUCCCCGCGCUGGGGCUGAUGCCCUGCGGGGAGCUGAGCUGGAUGGGGGGGUCUGGGGCUGGCCUUGGGACCCCGCUGCUCCCCGGAGCCGAGCUUGCUGUAACAGAGCAAUUCAAUAAAAACCCGCGGUACUGC